UUUUUUCGCUUAAUAUAUAUUUUUUAAUUAAAAUUUUUUUUCUUAAUUUUAAAAAAAAUUUUUUAGUUAUUAAACUAACCCGAAAAAAAAAUAAAUUUUUUUUAUUUUCCCCUUCAAAAAUAGAUGCCAACUCAAUAAUAGUCAUGAAAGGAAAUUCUGAUAACGUUCGUUUGCCGCGUGUGUCAAAUAAAUGCAAAAACUUUACCCCUCCAUAUCCUAUUUGUCUAACAACUCACUGUGGCCAAGACUUUCUAUGCUUCUUUACAAAAAAAUUUGCAUUCAGUAAUCAUUUUUUGACUCCAAAACCAAUAGAAAUUGACGGAGUCGAAUAUUGUUGCUCCGAACAGUUUUACAUGUAUAUGAAAGCAAUGUAUUUUGAUUAUCAUUCACUUGCCAAAGAAAUAAUGUUAACCAAUGACCCAUCAACUAUCAAAAGACUUGGAAAUGCGGAUACAAUGAGGCAACGACAAGCAAAUGGAGCAGAAUUAAAAUGUAGAGAUUUUGACCAUGAUAAAUGGAGAAAAGUUAAAAGAAAUGUGAUGCUUACAGGAUUACGUGCAAAAUUUGAACAAAAUGUGCAAUUAUUUAAUAUGCUUAUUGAAACUGAAGAGGCUUUACUUAUUGAAGCGAGUCAAACAGAUACGUUUUGGGGUAUAUAUUUUUUUUAUUUCUUUUUUUUUUAUUUUGUGGAAUUUUUUAGGGGUUUUAAGCAUAAUCCCCUCUUUUUCCUAUUUCUUGACUUUUUUUGCCUAGGUUUCUUACUGGUUAGAAAUUUUUUAUAUUUUUGGUGUAGUGGGUUAUGUUUGUGUUUCGUUAUAGAAAGGUCGAAGGUUCAAUUCCAUCUUGUGGCGAAUUUUUUUGGCUUGUUUAGGGAUUAAUUUUUGGUACAUAUUCCACGAAGAUAGUUAUUUCCCCUUACAUUAAUGAUAGAUUCGGCUUUUCCUGGGGAAGUAAAAUUAGGGGAAAAGAGAAAAAAUAGAAAAGUUGAACCAAAAAAUUUUUUUAAUUUUUUCCUAUUAAAAAGGAAUUGGUUGUAGUCUGCAUGGUGAAGAAAUAAAAAGCAUAGAUAAUUGGAAAGGUUCAAAUCAAAUGGGAAAUUUAUUGAUGAAAUUACGCACAGAAUUUCAAUAUAGAUGUAGAGCAAAUGAAUUUGUACUUAAAAAGGAAGAAUAUGAAGAUGACUGUUUUUAAAAUUUUUUACAGAAGCAAUGAGAGAGAGAAGGUUUUUUUGACAUUUUUUUGCAUUUUUUGCACACAAAAAGCCUGUAAAUUUUUUUACAAAUUUUUGAUAAUACUAUCGCAUUAUCUC